AUGAACUUAAUUCACCUUUUUUUUAUCAUUGAAUUGAUAAUAUUGCUAGUGGAAGGAAUGAUAAAAUAUGAAAAGGACAGUAUUGAUUUUAACAAAGUGUGCACUAAAAACAGGGGAAGUAGUGGUGGGGGAUUACUUUUUCUUACCAGUACUUACAUAAAUAAACAAUUAAAUAGAAGAAAAAAUAUAUUAUCUCAUAACGAUAGAUCCAUUUUGAAGAAUACAGAAAAAGGAGAUAUUAAUUUAUUAAGCAAAAAGAAUAAAAUAUCAUUCACAAAAAGCAAACAAAUUGCCACAAUCGGACCAGCAACGGAGAAAUUCGAGGAACUAGAAAAACUUUAUCUAAGUGGUAUUGAUGUUUUUAGAUUAAAUUUUUCUCAUGGUUUGAAAAGUAUUAAAAAAUAUAUAAUUAAUUCGAUCAGAAUUUUAGAAAAGAAAUAUGAUACAUCUAUUGGCAUUUUAGGAGAUAUCCAAGGACCAAAAAUACGAAUAGGUGAAUUUGAAAGGAAUGAAAAAAAUUCUAUGGAAAAAAAUACAUUCAUAGAAUUGAAAGAAGGAGAUUUAUUUUCAUUCGAUUUGAUGAAUACUCCAGGAAAUGAAAAUAGGGUACAAUUGAAUUAUCCUGACUUGUUAAAAAAUGUAAAAAAUGGACAAAUGAUAUUACUAGAUGAUGGAAACUUAAAAAUGAAAGUUAUCGAAAAUAAUUUUGAUGAAUUAGUAAAAGAAAAUAGUUUCAUAAAAGUACAAGUAGUAACUGGUGGGAAAUUAUACAGCAAAAAGGGAUUUUGUAUUCCAAAUAUGAUUAUGCCUAUUGAAGUAUUAAACGAAAAAGAUAUUAAAGACAUUUUAUUUUGCAUAAAUGAAGGAGUAGAUUUUUUAGGCUAUUCUUUUGUACAAACGAAAUAUGAUUUAAUUUUUUUAAAAAGUAUUAUAAAAGAUUAUUAUGACAGCGAUUUUUAUCGAAACAAAAUAAAAAAAGAUAGAAUCAGUUACGACGUGAAUAUGUUACAAAUGAAGGAUUACGAUGAUGCCAAUGAUUUUUACAUAAAAGAAAUAGAUGAUUAUUAUCAAAAUUAUUAUUUAAAAAAUUAUGAAAAAUAUAAAAAAAUAUAUGACGUGUACAAAAAUCAGGAUUUACAAAUAGAUGAUAACAGAAUGGGUCAAGUGGACCCCCAUACCACGCAUCAUAGCAAUGGUUGCGAUGUCAGUCUGACAUCCCGAGUCACUUCUGACACUUCAGACAUAUCUGAUUCCACGUGGAAUAAUGAAAAAAUGGAAGAUAAUAACGUAAACACCAUAUUUAUUGUAUCAAAAAUUGAAAAGCCCGCUGCUGUAAAAAAUAUAGAAAGCAUUAUUAAACUCUCAGAUGGCAUUAUGAUAGCAAGAGGGGACCUUGGAAUUGAAACAAAUUUGUCCAAUUUGCCAAUAUUACAAAAAAAAAUUAUAAACUUAUGUAGAAUUAAAUAUAACAAACCGGUUAUUGUAGCAACUCAAAUGAUGGAGAGUAUGAGAUUCUUACCCUCCCCCACAAGAGCAGAAGUAGCGGAUGUCGCAACGGCUUUAUAUGAUGGAUCUGACUGUGUUAUGUUAUCAGCUGAAACUGCAACUGGACAGUAUCCAAUUCUUACUGCUUCAACACAAAAUAGCAUAAUUAAAGAUGUAGAAAAUGAUUAUUAUUAUUACCAUUAUACACAAAAGAAAAAUGACAAUAUAGUAAAGUAUAUGAAUAUAUCAAAUCAGGUAAUUCCAAAUGGAAAUUCCCAUUUUGAAAAAUUAAUUUACAGCAUAAGAGAUCUAAGCAAUAACAUCAACUUGAAAUCGAUUAUUUUAUUUUCAAAUGAAUUUCAAAAAAUACAAAAACUGAGUAACUUACGAACAAAAGCACCAAUUAUUGUCAUUACAGAAAAUGUCGCUUUAGCUAGAAAGCUCCAACUUACAUGGGGAAUUUAUCCAUACCUUUCCAAAUUAACUAAUUUCCACAGUAAUGAUUUAUUACCCUUAAUUAAUUAUGGUUGUAAAAUAUCACAAGAAGAAGGAUUUGUCAAUUCUCCUGAUGAAUAUUCCCUUGUCACCUUUACAAAAAAUAUUAACAACUCUGCUAAUUUGCUUUAUCUCUGUCAGCCAUGUUUAGCUACCUAG